AUGCCAGCAUACAACAAAACAGUUUCCUCCGACUCAAAGAAGACAGACACAUCCCUGAACCUGUCAGACCGAGAAGACACCCAGACAGUGUCGGAGCAAGACGGUUUCUCAAGAGCUGGGAAGCGGAAGACGAAGAAUGCUGCUAUCAAACAGCUGCCAAAUCUUGACAAUGCAGAGAAGACCCCUCCAGCUGAGCACAUGGGUCAGCCUCCAGUCCUGCCUGCAAAACCCCAGUCCAUCCUUGGGCAAUUGCAGCAGACGUUCCCUCAGAACAGAAAGAAUGGCACUCUAGACUUCCUGAACGAUUUGAAUUCUAGCCAGAAAGUCUCGGACGAGUACACUCCUCCUCCAGCUGAUAUCUGGGCACGCAGCACUACCUAUGGCAAAAGCCCCCCGGUCGAACCCAUUCCAGGGUUGAGCGCCGCCAGUUCACCUCCUUAUGAACCGGGCUUUAGUAUUCGGGGAGGGUUCAACACUCGAAGCCCUCCAAUCUCUCCACCGUUGAGGAAGGCCCGGCCCGUGAGCUAUGGAAGUAGUAUUCCGCCUCUGCCAACGCAUCCCAGAGUCUCAACAUCCCCGUACGGCUAUGGUACAAACGCCUAUGGAUCGCCUCCUGCCUUGCCACAUCUCCCUCAACAACACUUUUACGGCCCUCACGAUGUCGAUCUGGGACUUGCUCAUCACUCUGCGCGAAUGAACCUUCAAGAGCCACUGGCUCUCAAGUUCACUCAUCUCCCAGGCUGUGGGCAUGAGUCUCGUGAGGCAGUCAUUUUGAUUGCUGAUGGAGAAUUGAACAUUCUUAGCUACAGCGGUGAAAAACUGGAGCGUACAGGAACGCUCAGCGGCAUUCAAGGGACAAUAGUCGACGCUUCUUUGUUGACAUGGAACGGAGGUGACGACCCAUUUGCAGAUUACAGACCGCUGGUAGCUCUCAUCAUCUAUGGGCCGGGAAAUCUCGAAACAGAUUCGCCAAUUUCCAAAGAUGCCCAUUUACACGAGGGUCCAGAGUCUUUCCCGGAUACCAGGGUUGUGGUAUGCUCGAUGAGUAAAAGCUGCCAGGUUGCAGAACUGCUGCGUGUCCCAUCGGCCAUCAGAACAUUUCCAGGAGGCGUUCCCGGUCUCGGUCCUGCUGCAGAUUUGAAGAUUUAUGCCAGCGGUAGUUUCCUGGUUGUAUCUUCGGGCGACAGCGGCGAAAUUUUUGUUUUUUCUGUUCGAAAGGGAAAAGAUUCUGCAGUGUUUGAAUGCCUGGGCAAAUAUUGGACGACUAUACAACCCCAGCUCCAGAGGAGAGAUUCGUCGCAUGGCCCAGCUUCAGAUGCAGAUGUUUCACCCGCCGACCUGGGUCGUGCACCUGAGAGCGAAAACUUACCCAUUCUGAGUCUUAACGGCCGCUGGCUGGCCUUCUGUCCUGCAAGCAUUCCUUCUCGAAGGCCAAUUGGAGCCAUUCUCGGCGAAUUUGUCGUUCAUAACAAGAACUCGAAUGUCACUGCCGGCGUUGCUCCAACGAGGCCUUUGACUAACUGCGAAGUUGAUUCACCCGAUGUCGAUACGUUUUUGGGCAAGGUCGCCAAAGGGCUUGCGCAAGAAGCUGUCAGGAGUGCGAAAUGGAUAAGCGAAAAAGGCAUGCAGACAUGGCAGCACUAUUGGAAGAAGGAUAUCGCGAGCCCCAACUUAACUGCUACGGCCUCGUCUAGUCCUCCGGUUUACUCUCCACAUCUUGGUGUGGCACAGUUUCCGCCAACACAUGGAAUCGACCAACAGGACCUUUCGAAAGAUCCUGAGGUGGUAACAAUCCUCGACUUGAAGCUUCUCCAAGAUACUCAAGGUCGAAAGGCUCUCGAAUACAGCCCUAUGACAACCUUUCAGCCGCCAGGAGGCUGCAGCUUUCUCUCCUUCACCCCCACUGGUCUAGGUCUCUUGACGGCCAACAAGAAGGGUGACGUUCAGUACAUCUGGGAUUUGAUGCAGAUGAAGCAUGUCAGAAGUUCAAAGACCUCAGCCACAACAGAAAGUGGAUCCGUCAGACAAAUCGCGAGGUAUGAGCGGUUGAGCCCCUCUACAAUAGUCGACCUAGCUUGGGAUGGGCCCACUGGCUAUCGAUUUGCUCUUGUCACCAAAAAUCGAACCGUUCACAUCUUUGAUCUACCCAGAACCGCCUUUCAGUGGCCGCCGCCUCUCGCGAAGAAACAUCGCCCGACUUCUGCACCAGUUGAUCCGUCUCAAGUCAAAACAGAACAUGAGCCUGCCCCGUCUGGAGGGUUCUUCGCUUCUGCCAUGAGCAUUGCAGGCAGAACGCAACCAAUGCUUUCCAAUCUACGGGGAAGAGCCCCUAGUAUGGGGGGUGGAAUUACGGGAAUUGGGGCAUCAGGUAUCGGACUCGCCUCUACUACUGGCAUCAAAAGUGGCAGAGCCGUUGCCGCUGGACUUAGCAAGUCUCUUGGUGCCGCUUCAGAGACUGUCACGAGCCUUCGACAUGCGAACCAGAGUAGGCUUCAUUUGAAGACCCCUGCCCGUGUAGGAAUUCUCUGUUGGCACAAACGAGACGGUAAAUCGGUCUUGUCCAUCCUCGACUCGGGUAGUAUCAAGAACUACUAUGUCCGUAUGACGAGGCCUAGGGAGCAUCGUCAGAGAGACACAGUUUCGGUUUUCGAUGCUCGAAAGCCUGUUGCAUCCAAGCUCCCGCAAGCACUGGACAUGGGUGUAGAUCACCUGUCCAAAGGCUCCCCCAUCCUCCCUCAAGACGAUGGCGAUGAACCGGUUCGAUUAUCGGGUUUCUGGAAAUUUCGACCUGCUAAGGAUAGCUCCCUUAGAACACCACAUCCAUUAGCCUCUGCUGAAAUCGAAACAAAUGCGCCAUAUCAGCCAUUCCAUUCGGACCAUAGGGUCACAAUAUGUCUAUUUUCCGAUCGUUCAUCGUUGGCAGAGAGCCAAUAUCCAAGUCAUUCAGUCAUUUUUUCGGCCCAAACUAAUACUCAGGAAAGACACACGAGUGCGGCCCCCGAGGAGAAAUGGGUUGUCGCAAACGAACUUCAAUCCCAGGGAUCGAAUGUUGUGACGCAUGACCAGCAACUUGAAGACGAAGGGUCCGUGAUCUACCGAGAAACAAAGAUCGCCCCUGGGAUACCAACUUUGGGUGUCGCUCCCGGCGAAGUGGAUGAGGGAAUUAGCCAUGUUGUUAGUAACACCAAAAAAAGAAAAGCAAAGAAAGGACGGGUGCAAGCCCCGGUUCUUGAGGAAGAUGACACUGGCGAGACUGGAAUGAAUUUCACAAAAGGGAAUGGGGUUUUCGGUCAGGACUACGAAGUGUCAGAAGGUGACAGCCGGAUUUGA